AUGGAAAUACUGGAAGACUCACACGUGGAAAUGAGGAUCAACACUUCUUACCAACUUGCUGCUGUGCAGCUCUGUUUUGAGAAUGUCAGUGGAUCCUGCAUCAAAACCUCAUAUUCUCCCACAGCUCGAAUGAUUCUGUAUAUGUUUUUUGGCUUUGGGGCUGUGCUAGCAGUGUUUGGCAACUUGCUGGUCAUCACUGCCAUUCUUCACUUUAAGCAGCUACAUACACCUACAAACUUCCUCAUUGCUUCCUUAGCCGGUGCUGACUUUUUGGUUGGACUCACUGUGAUGCCCUUUAGCAUGGUGAGGUCAGUGGAGAGUUGCUGGUACUUUGGGGACAGUUAUUGUAAAUUUCACACAUGUUUUGAUGGGUCAUUUUGCUAUGCUUCUCUCUUCCAUUUGUGUUUCAUCUCCAUUGAUAGAUAUAUUGCUGUCACUGAUCCUCUGGUCUAUCCAACAAAGUUUACAGUACCCAUUUCAGGGAUGUGUAUUGCUGUGUCCUGGGGUUGUUCAGUAACAUAUAGUUUUUCUCUCUUUUAUACAGGGGUCAAUGAUGAUGGGUUGGAGGAUUUGGUAAUUGCUCUCACUUGUGUAGGAGGUUGUCAGGCUGCAAUGAAUCAAGACUGGGUUCUCUUUGGAUUUCUUUUGUUCUUUAUACCAACAAUUGCCAUUCUCAUUUUAUAUGGUAAAAUUUUUUUGGUAGCUAAACACCAGGCUAGAAAGAUAGAAAGUACCAGCAGUCAAAUCCAGAACUCUGCAGAGAAGUAUAAGGACAGAGUGACCAAACGAGAGAGAAAGGCUGCUAAAACACUGGGGAUUGCUAUGGCUGUGUUUCUUGUCUCUUGGCUGCCAUAUUUCAUUGAUUCACUAAUUGAUGCUUAUAUGAAUUUCAUAACUCCCCCUUAUAUCUUUGAGAUCUUACUAUGGUGUGUUUACUACAACUCAGCUAUGAAUCCCUUGAUCUAUGCUUUCUUUUACCCUUGGUUUCGGAAAGCAAUUAAGCUAAUUGUGAGUGGCAGAGUCUUGAGGAAUGGUUCUUCAGAGAUGAAUUUAUUUUCUGAAAAAGCAGAACUACAUAAAUGA